AUGUCUUUCCGAUCGAUUGCUCUCCGUGCCGGAAGAGCUGCCUACUCAUCGACACAAACCACAACACUCGCCAUGGCGCAACGAGCGCGAUCCGCCCCCUUCGGGGCCAGACAGCUCUCGACCGAAGCCCAGUCGAUCAAGGAGCUGCCCGGGGACGAAGUCGACGACGUCGUGUUCCAGAACAAGUACGGCCUGCGGACGAUUCUGCUCAACCGCCCCAAGAAGCUCAACUCGCUCAACGGGUCCAUGGUGCGCAAGAUUGUGCCGCGCAUGGUGGAGUGGGAAAAGUCGGACAUGGCCAACGUGGUGGUGAUGAAGGGCGCGGGCGAAAAGGCGCUCUGCGCCGGUGGCGACGUCGCGGCGCUCGCGCAGUGGAACCAGGAGAGCGCCGACGGCUGGAAGCGGUCGGCCGACUACUUUGCGCUGGAAUACAAGCUCGAUCACUACAUUGCGACGUACCAGAAGCCGUACAUUGCCUUUAUGGACGGCAUCACCAUGGGCGGCGGCGUGGGGCUCAGCAUCCACGCGCCGUUUCGCAUCGCCACGGAAAAGACGGUGUUUGCCAUGCCCGAGACGACGAUUGGCUUCUUCCCCGACGUGGGCGCGUCGUUUUUCCUGCCGCGCAUGAACGGCUCCGUGGGCACGUACCUGGCCCUCACGAGCGACCGGCUGACGGGCGCCAACGUGUUUUACAGCGGCAUCGCGACGCACUACCUGCACUCGUCGAGCCUGCCGGACCUGGAGGCGCGGCUGGCGGAGCUGCGCUUCCGCGACGACGACGGGCUGCCGCAGCGGCUGCAGCUCAUCAACGAGACGCUCGAGGAGUUUGCGACGGGCCUGCCGCACGACCAGCCCAUGGCGCUGGCGGGCGAGACGCGCCGCGCCAUUGACCGCUGCUUCGACAAGAACACGCUCGGCGACAUCAUGGCGGCGCUGCGCGAGGAAAAGGGCGAAACGGAGGAGUGGGCGAAGAAGCAGCUGGCGACGCUGGAGAAGCGCUCGCCGACGGCGGUGCAUGUGACGCUGCGGCAGAUGCGCGUCGGCGGACGCUGGGACAUUGCCGAGGCGUUUGAGCGCGAGCACCAGAUUGCGUCCAAGUUUAUGCGGCACCCCGACUUUUCCGAGGGCGUCCUCGCGCUGCUCGUCCGCAAGGAGACGCCCGUCUGGCAGCCCCCUUCGCUCGACGCCAUCCCCGCGAGCGAAAACGUUGCGCAGCCAUUCUUUGACUUUGACGAGAAGCAGACGCUCGGCCUCUUCUCGGACCGCACCUACAGCGACUACCCGCAUCCGCUGCUGGGCGUGCCGUCGGAGCGCGAGAUGAAGGGCAUCGUGCAGGGCAAGACGCUGACGCCGCGGCAGCUCGCGGACAAGGUGGUGGCGUCGCGCAACGGGCGCCAGGGCAUCGCGACGAUUGUGGAUGAGAUUAUCGACCGCAAGGUUGUUGCGGAUGGCAGGGGCGUGGCCAAGUGGGUGGAGAAGUCCCUUCUAACUAGUCCGUGA